UGUCUACCCACCAAAUACAGAGAAUAUCGAAGGAGAAGAGAUCGUGGGAAGCCACAAAUUGAUCACUACUCCAAGAUUCAUAUAUUUUAUUCCUCUGAGAGUUCAUCCUUUGACUGAUGGAAUUGUUUAUGCAAAGUAUGAUUGAAUCCACUCAAUCUGAGGUGUGACAUGCUAAAUAAAUAUGUGAACACGACGUUGCAGGAAUGUUUCCCCAGGAAAAGAAAAUUAUUUUGUAACCAACAUUCCAAGUCUUCUGUGGAUGAACCAACACAAGAUUCAAGAAAGCUGUGGCCUGGCCUGGCCUGGAAAAAGCAUUUUGAGACUUUUCGUCACUUCUUAUCAUGACCAUAGAUGGGAGGGACCCAGUAAAAUGAUAACAGAGAAGCAGCAGACCACCAAAUCAAACACUCAUACACAUGUUCUUACUGAUGAUGAUAAAUCUCUUGGAGAGUGUUAUAGUAAUGGUGAUCAUAAGCCUAGUUCGUGAUCUUUUUGAACAUUCACCAAAAGUGAUGGUCUACUUACUGACUUAGAAGACCUCUAGAGGCAUAUUAAGUACAGGGUUCUUCCUACAAAUCAACUUCUUGUUUUCUCCAUUUUGGGCAAUUAACUUUGAAGGUACAGAAGCCAUUAAUCAACUGAUUUGUCAAUAUAAAACCAUGUAAUUUCCAGAAUAUUAAGUCCUUCGAGCCUCAUUCUUCCAUCAAGAUAAGAGUUGGUCCUCCUCUAGCUCUUAUAUCAUGACACCACCCUGUGCAAAUACAUCCCUUGACUAGGUAGUGUAGAAGCCAUCAAUCAACUGAUUUGUCAAUAUACAACCAUGUAAUUUCCAGAAUAUUGAGUCCUUCGAGCCACAUUCUUCCAUCAAGAUAAGAGGUGGUCCUCCUCUAGCUCUUAUAUCAUGACACCACCCUGUGCAAACACAUCCCUCCACUAAGUGCCAUUCUGAAGGAUUUGCCAACAGGCUAUCACCUCCUGUCAUCCACUUUCUGUCAUUUGAAUCCAAGAUUUCCAUAGAAUCUUAGCAAUUGAUCUCCUCUGUAAAGCAAAAGAGCAACAUACUGUGGAGAAGAGCUUGCAAGCACCAAAAGUUUAUGCGAGGGAAAGGCUUCAAACUGAUUGCAAAGCACAGAAUUCUGGAUUUCAAAUAACAAAAGAAAGGUUUGGCAAAUUGGAGUCACUGGAAUUCUCUCCAUGGAUAGUUCCUCAGUGUCUGAUGAUAACUCGGAGCUGGAUUUCCAUCCCUCCUCAGAUCGGUUGACAAGAUCAAACACAGAUAUGGGAUGCUCCACCCCUGGAUGCAAUUCGAUCGACUACAGCCGCACAAUCUCCACAGUCUCAACCUACUCUGAGGUCAACGAUGAGAACAGCAGCCCAUAUGAUCCCCCUCCGGUUGGAUGGCCAAUCUCUAAGCUUGUCGGACGGGCAUCACCUGAUUUAAGCAAACAUGGAAGAAAGAAGACUGAUGAUAUGCUCGACUGGAAACCAGGAUCUCAAGAUAUAUCACUUUCAGAGCUUGAGAUGAUGAAGGAGAAGUUCUCAAAGCUGUUGUUGGGUGAAGACAUGUCAGGAGGUGGCAAAGGAGUUUGUUCAGCUGUAGCACUUUCAAAUGCCAUUACCAACCUCUAUGCUACUGUAUUUGGCCACUUCUAUAAAUUAGAGCCUGUGUCACCUGAAAAGAAGAACAUGUGGAGGAGAGAGAUGGAUUGCCUUUUGUCGGUCUGUGAUUACAUAGUUGAAUUUUUUCCUUCUUCUCAAACCUUGCCAGAUGGGACUACUCUUGAUAUCAUGGCAACAAGACCAAGAUCAGAUAUCUACUUGAACCUUCCUGCACUUGAAAAGCUAGAUGCCAUGCUUCUUGACAUACUGAACAGCUUUAAGAAAACAGAAUUCUGGUAUGUUGAAGAAGGCAAACAAUCACCAAGUGCCUCCUCAAGGUCCUUCCGUCGGGUAGUUCAAAGAAAAGAUGAAAAAUGGUGGCUGCCUGUCCCAUGUGUUCCUGACUCUGGCCUGUCCGAGGAAGCACAGAGGGCAUUGCAGAAAAGGCGUGAUUGUGCAAAUCAAAUCCACAAAGCAGCCAUGGCCAUCAACAAUAGCAUACUAGCUGAAAUGGAAGUCCCAGAGUCAUACAUGGCAUCCCUUCCAAAGAGUGGCAGAUUAGGUGUAGGAGAUUCAAUCUACCGCUACAUGUCAACAAUAGAGCCCUUCUCUCCAGAUCAUCUUCUUGAUGGCCUCAAUAUAUCUUCAGAACAUGAUGCACUUGAGAUAGCAGACCGUGUGGAGGCUUCAAUGCAUGUAUGGUGGCGAAAGGCAAGCAUGCAUACUUCCAAGUCAUCAUGGGAUAUGGUCAAGGAUCUGGUGGCUGAUGAAAACAAAAAUCAGAUACUUGCAUCUAAAGCAGAGACUCUCCUGCUAUGUUUGAAACAAAGAUACCCUGGCCUGUCACAGACAACUCUAGAUACCAGCAAAAUCCAGUACAAUAAGGAUGUUGGACAAGCAAUUCUUGAGAGUUACUCAAGGGUACUGGAAGGUUUAGCAUUCAACAUUGUUGCAUGGAUCGAUGACGUUCUUUUUGUGGAUGCAUCUGUUAGAAAACGGUUAAGAGCAACUCAACAACGAAGUCAAAAAGAGAGUCUUCUUUAAUACUUUGGCUAUUCAUUGACUUAAUAGAUGUAGUACUGACCAUAGAAGUAAAGGAUUUCUUUGACCCUGAAACACCAUAAC